AUGAGAGGAAGAGAGACAAUUGAUGCCAUCUUCAUAGUAAGACAGCUACAGGAAAAGAGACUAGAGGGAAACAUAGAGCUAGACCUAGAGAAAGCAUACAAUAAAAUCUCAAGAGAAGUGAAGCAGAGGAACUGGUGGGAAGAAAAGUGGUGGUGGAAUAGAGAGGUGCAAGAAUCAAUCAAAAGCAUUCAAGGACUAGAAAGGUCAGCAAUAAGCCCAUUUUUGUUUGUGCUUGCCAUUGAUGUGUUAAGUGAAGAGAUCAGGAAUGAAGAGCUGUGGGAGCUGUUAUAUGCAGAUGAUCUGGUGAUUACUGCUGAAAAUGAGGAGGCCCUACACAGAAGUGUUGGAGAGUGGCAGGAGUAUUUAGAGAGAGGUGGCUUAAAGGUGAAUGUAAAUAAAACAGAGGGUUUGAUUCUGCUCAGAGACCCCAACGUCGGAAAGCUCUUCGCAGCAUUAACGAGAACCACCAACUUCAGGUUAUGCAACGAGGUCAGGAGAGGUCAGGUCAUGGCGCAGGUGGAUGAAGGGGGAUUGGGAGGGGUGGUGGGGAUGAGCCUAACCACUAACCAUUCCAUUUCCCUCUCCGAAGUGGAGAUGGUUACGUCAUGGUAA